AUGAAGCCCUGGGGAGCUCUGGCUCAGUUGAGUCCUUCAUUUGCUGUGCAGGGCAAUUUCGAGAGGUGCUGUAAGUUGUGGGCUUGCUAUUCUGGUUUGCACCAUAUGUGCCAUUGAUGGUCUCGGGUUUCGGAAAUCCUUUUUUUUGCUAUGAUAAUCAGUCGCCGUGUGGUCGACCAGCCGGCUCUGGUGCGGUCUGCUCUGGCACGUCUACUCUGCACUCAUGUCUACUGCAAGGUUACAAUUACGCUGGGAGUGAGAAUACACUGGUUAUUAUUUGGGGAGAAGAGACUGCUGCUCGUAUAAUGUAGCCAUCUUUUUUGGCUUUCUCUUUUUCUCUUCUCCCCAUCCUUUGGUUGAAUCUGAUUCAAAUUGGAUCAGAUCUCGAGGCGUUUUGCAUUCAUUUUUAUUCUUAGCUAAGCCAGGUUACGCAAAGUCUUAAGUCCCAACUACUGUUGUAGCCCUCAGAAAAAGAGAAACACCAUCCCCCUGUGUGAAAAUAAUUGCAGUCACGGUGGAAAUCCAGGGCUCUCGAAAUCCUUAAAACAAACCAUGGGAUCUCAUUCGAAAUCCCUACACUCUAACAGAUGACUUGAGACGCUAGAGCUCGGGCUUGGGGCUACAAUUGACUGUGUCUGCCUCUGACUGCCUGCCUCUGUAUUUGUUCAGCUUGCGGUAUAAGCCUCAGUUAGAGUUUAGAGGCCACUGCUGUUUCAGAGCCCGUUAGCGGACCGCCGCGAUAUUUCACGUGUGGCGGACGGGGUGGCCUGACGGUGGACUGUCUGGGGCACAGAGGUGACCGGGGGUUGGAGACAUUUCUAAGGGUCAGUAUCUCAGCCCCCUUCCUCCUCCUGCAGGUCAUUUAGAAGAAGGUUUGGAGGACAUAACCAAGGAAACAAAGAAUGGAGGGCUUGGUUUUUGCAAACAAUGUAAAUCAGCAAUUUACCCUGGCCCUUUCCUGCUUUAGUGUUAGUUAGUCUUUAGGAAGCACAUCAUGCAUCUUGUAAUGAAGUUUGUCUGCCAUUUCAAAUAUGCCCUUUUCUCAAUAUUAGCUUCCUUUUUCUCAAUAUGGUUUUGUGGUUUCAUUUUCAUGAUUGCAUGAUGAUAAGACAAGAUAACAUUGAUGCAACAUUGAUACAACAUUGAUACAUUGAUCGUGGCCAUAGUACGAACAAACGUCUCUUUUCCCUCGACAGGUCUCGUCACAACGACCUCGAGGAAGCUGGACCGAGAACAGCAGGAUGAGCACAUUCUUGAGGUAAGCACCUUGUUUUGUCUGGUCUGCCACUAACAGAAAGGGGGGAUGGAGAAAGAAGAGGGGGAAAGAAAAAACAGUCUACUUCCUUGUACGUCCGUCUGUGUGAGCCCUCGUGUUUGUUUGGAGAAGCAUUAGCAGCAUUGCUAAUCAUCAGAAAGACCCUCAAGGACGACCUCUUCAGCCGAAGUGGCCAAAUGUCCUAAAGCAACCAUUUUAUUUGCCUCUAAACUUUAGCCUUGGCUUGCUUCAACCUCCAACCGACGUACUUUGGCCGAGCACCAAGCGUUGCCAACCAAAACAAGCUGGGGCACAGAGACGCAGCGCAUAGUUCAACACUAACCGGGGGAAGGGGGUUUGGGUUUUGGAUCAUGAUUCCGCCGGUUGUGAUUUGCAGGGGGGAAUCAGGGUGACUGUGCCUUUGUUCUUCACCAGUGUACCAUCUCGGGAUCGAGGGAGGCAAGCCGGGGCAGGAAGCGAGCCGUCAAUGCCGGGUUGAUGUUUAAACUUGUGGAUAGUCACUUUUUCUCUCUCUAUCGCUCUGUCUCUCUCUUUGUCUCUCUCUCUCUCGCUCUCUCUCGUUCUUUCUGUCUCUCCCUCUCUAUCUUCUCUACCCACCCUCCUUCUUUAAUUAUUUGUUACUUUUAUUUAGUAUUAUUUUUAAAUUGUAUUUUUUUGCGUUUUUUUGUUGUUGGGGUAUUCAUUCUUAAAACUGCAUUGUUGGUUAAGGGCUUGUAAGUAAGCAUUUCACCUGUUGUAUUCAGCGCAUGUGACAAAUAAUAUUUGAUUUGAUCCCCCCCCCCCCCUCAUUCCCUUCCCUCUGCCCAACCCAACCAAACGUUUACUGCCAGCACAUUUAAUUAUGUGCCAAGAUCGAGUAACCAGAUUGGGCGCUGCUUAAUUAUCGUUAUAGGAGUUAAUGCAAUUCGAGGUUCAUUGGAUGCCGAUUAAUGCCGAUGUGGGCCCGCAUGCCAGGAACUCUCUGGGUUUUCAUACUCAAUUUACACAGUGGAACGCACUAAUAUUAUUCUGGGACUGGAGAGUAAAGAUAGUGGGGGAGAGGAGGGGAGGGAUCUAUUCUCCUGAGGAAGACAUUUUACUGCCUCCUGCUUCUCCUCCUCUCUCUCUCUCUCUCUCUCUCUCUCUCUCUCUCUCUCUCUCUCUCUCUCUCUCUCUCCUCUCUCUCUCUCUCUCUCUCCUCUCUCUCUCUCUCUCUCUCCUCUCUCUAUCUCUCUCUCUCUCUCUCUCUCUCUCUCUCAUUCUCUCCAUCCACCUCUAUGAUAAAUUAAAUGGCCUACUCCUAGAUUUGAGUGCCGAGUUGCAGAGGUCUCAAGAGAGAGGAAAACUAAAUUGAAGCUUUCGACACAAAAGCCCUUUAAUUUGUUAAAUUGACCAGGUCAGGAACCCUCUGUGCGAACGACCGAGCAGAUUCCCAGGACAGUCAGAGUCAAAAGCCACCCUUAAGGGUUAAUCUAAGGGGCAUUGGUUGGUGUGUGGAUUAGAGAUAAAGAGAGCUGAUAGUCAGUGUGUUUUUCCAACAGGCUCCUGUUUUUCCAAAUACUUAUCCAGAGCCUGUUUUAUUAUUAUUACGCUGUUCAUUUGUCCCGUUUAAUAAAAUGCUCCGGCAGACGUUAAAUAACCACAUUAAAUGUUAAAAAGCUCAAAGCGGUCUUCCAGUUCUUUCAUGUUGGGGCCAAAUUAAAAUGCACAGCGACAUUCGUACACUCGUUUUCUGUUCAUGGGAAAAACCUUAUUUAUACACUACCGUUCAAAAGUUUGGGGUCACUUAGAAAUGUCCUUGUUUUUGAAAGAAAAUCACUUUUUUUGUCAAUUAAAAUAACUUCAAAUUGAUCAGAAAUACAGUGUAGACAUUGUUAAUGUUGUAAAUGGCUAUUAUAGCGGGAAACUGCUGAUUUUUUAUGGAAUAUCUACAGAGGCCCAUUAUCAGCAACCAUCAGUCCUGUGUUCCAAUGGCACGUUGUGUUUGCUAAUCCAAGUUUAUCAUUUUAAAAGGCUAAUUGAUCAUUAGAAAACCCUUUUGCAAUUAUGUUAGCACAGCUGAAAACUGUUGUGCUGAUUAAAGAAGCAAUAUAACUGGCCUUCUUGAGACUAAUUGAGUAUCUGGAGCAUCAGCAAUUGUGGGUUCGAUUACAGGCUCAAAAUGGCCAGAAACAAAUAACUUUCUUCUGAAACUCGUCAGUCUAUUCUUGUUCUGAGAAAUGAAGGCUAUUCCAUGCGAGAAAUUGCCAAGAAACUGAAGAUCUCGUACAACGCUGUGUACUACUCCCUUCACAGAACAGCGCAAACUGGAUCUAACCAGAAUAGAAAGAGGAGUGGGAGGCCCCAGUGCACAACUGAGCAAGAGGACAAAUACAAUAGAGUGUCUAGUUUGAGAAACAGACGGCUCACAGGUCCUCAACUGGCAGCUUCAUUAAAUAGUACCUGCAAAACACCAGUCUCAAAGUCAACAGUGAAGAGGAGACUCCGGGAUGCUGACCUUCUAGGCAGAGUUGCAAAGAAAAAGCCAUAUCUCAGACUGGCCAUCUUAAUCUUUUCUUUUUAUUGGCCAGUCUGAGAUAUGGCUUUUUCUUAGAAGGUCAGCAUCCCGGAGUCGCCUCUUCACUGUUGAUGUUGAGAGUGGUGUUUUGCAGGUACUAUUUAAUGAAGCUGCCAGCUGAGGAUUGCCCAUCAAGCAAAUCCAACUUGUGGGAGGUGCUUCAGGAAGCAUGGGGUGAAAUCUCUUCAGAUUACCUCAACAAAUUGAGAACUCGAAUGCCAAAGGUCUGCAAGGCUGUAAUUGCUGCAAAUGGAAGAUUCUUUGACGAAAGCAAAGUUUGAAGGACACAAUUAUUAUUUCUAUUAAAAAUAAUUAUUUCUAACCUUGUCAAUGACUACAUUUCCUAUGCAUUUUGCUAUAUUUCCUAUUCAGACUCAUUUCAUGUAUGUUUUCAUGGAAAACAAGGACAUUUCUAAGUGACCCCAAACUUUUGAACGGUAGUGUACGAGUACGGCAUGAAAAAAUAUAUAUCAAUACAAAAAUUAAUAAAUAUAUUUUCAAAGAAAAUAUAAUCAUUCAUUAUAAAACUAUCUCCGUCGCAUUUUACAAUGUUGAACGGCUCGAAAGACCAUCCAAUAACUUUACAGUUAGCUUUCAUUUGAUCUACUGCUCCACUUCAGUCAGUCAGGAAAAGAGAGCGCAAGAGAGAGGGGGAGAGAAAAAAAUAAAUGAAAAAAAGUAAUUUGAUGCAAGUACCUUUUGACCUAAAUAGUUUGGAUGUGGGUAAGUGGGAAAAGAGCUACAGUGGCAGCUGCGUCUCAAUUGGCACACUAUUCCCUAUAUAGUGCACUUCUUUUGACCAAGGCCCAUAGGGUGCUAUUUGGGACGAAGACCUUCGCUCCUAGCCUGGCCUCCUAGGAGAGUCUGGCUGAUAACCAUGGCGACUUCAGAUUUUUUUUUAUUGGGAUAGACUCUGUCUGGAGGUGGGGGUGAAUUUUCCUCUAGGUACAGAUCUAGGAUAAGCUUCCCCUCCCCCAAUCUAAACCUUAACCAAUAGAUGGGGGAAAUACAAAAGGACAGAGGUGGUGGAGGGAAGGUGGGAAGACCUCAAACCCUGGCCUGAAACCCCUGGCUCCACCACCACAGGGGACUGUUUAUCCCUGGGGCAGAGCCCCCUCUAGGGGAUUGCUGGUCGGAGGAGGGGUGGGUGGGGGUUGGUUGGAACAUGUGGAGCUAUUGAGGUGGGGGGUGGUCGGGGGUUGGCUGACCGUGCAGGCCUUGUUUGCGCCAGAUGCCGGGUGGGGUGGCAUCUGGUGCAAACAAGGCCUGCACAGUCGGGGGGGGGGGGGUGGUAAGGGGGGGUUGAUGGGGUGGUGUGUGUGCGUGCUUGCGCCGUGUGUAUGUGUGUGAUCGCCAGUGGGAGUGGGGGAGGUCUCUGAGUGAGCAAACGCCAGGCUCAUCUUGGUGAAUGUGUGUCGGCUUCAGCGGCAGGGUGACAGGCCUGAGAACAGGGAGGUAGGGAGAGAGAGGGAGGGAGAGAGAGAGAGAGAGAGGAAACAACAAGGGAGACAUGUUAGGACAUGCUCACCCAGACCUGAAAGAGAGGCAAGUUGAAUGUUCUGCUUAUAGGCCUAUCUCUACACCAACUGGCUAAGUUUCUAUCGUCUCAGCCACUUUCUUGAUUUAUGCCUUCUGAAGUGUCUAGGCACUAACGUUUCACUACAUCAGACUUGAGAGUUGGCCGCCAUUUGACCAGGGGUUUGUCGCAGACGUGCAACAAUGCGCGUCCAAGUGUAAACAUUAAAUUACGAAAAGCCUUAGAACCACUGCGACACUGUCUUUACGUUGUUGUCACUGUCUGUCUGACAGAGAGUGACUGGCCUCUGGUAAAGACUUUGUUUUGAAAGAGUAGGAUGUGCUGAUGAGCAACUGUCUAGCACGGCUCGGAAGGGCGCACUCACAAGCACGCAUGUAGGCUCAUUACCACAGUCUCUCUCACCCACACACACACUCUCUCUCUCUCUCUCUCUCUCUCUCUCUCUCUCUCUCUCUCUCUCUCUCUCUCUCUCUCUCUCUCUCUCUCUCUCUCUCUCUCUCUCUCUCUCUCUUCACCUCAAUGCUGCUGUCUAAGUACAGUAUUACAGAGUUCAGUUUGUUUUUUGUAAUUGAUGCUCCUAUCUUGUCUCUCCGGGUCGCUCGGCAUAAUUACCAUACAACUGCGUCCCAAAUGGCACCCUAUUCCCUAUUUAAUGCACUACUUAUGACCGGAGGCCUGUGGACCCUGGUCGAAAGAAGUGCAAUAUAUCUGGAAUAGGAUACCAUUUGGGAUGCACUCACAUACAACAGUUCAGCUGUUCACAUUAGCCGGGUCCUUGUCUUUAGAUUUUUUCAAUCCACUGCUUUGAUUUCACAAAGGGAACCGGGAACUGUAUACAAAGGGUGUGUACCCAAUGACACUAUUCCCAAUAUAGUGCACUUUUCAACAGGACACCUAGGGCUCUGGUCAAAAGUAAUGCACUACAUUUGGGAUGCAUAUAAAAUAUCAUCCGAAACGGGGCCAAAUGAACGCAUCUGCUUGUAAUGGCAAUAUUCAUUACAGAAUAUGAGAAUACGGGCCAAUGCACCGGCAACACUGCUCCCGAGAGGCGCACGCCGCCUCUAACUCGAAUGGUCCUCGUCGUCCUAUUUAAUUAAUUUUGUUCGGGAAAAUAGCUUGGACGGCCUCGGACCGACUAGGCGCGGGAAAACAAAAACACAUUAUGCUGCUAAUCGUUGCUGCUAGUGCCAAAUGGCGUGUGACCACCACCCCAAAUUGUUUUCGCUAUAGCGCUGAGCAGAUGGUUUUAAAUGACUAUUGUUCAGCUCUUUAUUUUUAUUUCCGACUCUUUAAGCUCAGAAUUGCUCACAUCUCUCUUGGCUGUGAGAUAGAUAGACAAACCCCAGUUCAGUUUCCCAGUUACUCAUAAUAUUUAAGUGUUGUGUUUGUUUGGGUCAGCUAAGCUUAUUGCUGGCUGUGUACAUUAAGCUGUCACGGCUGUGCAUUUCAUUUUAAAGACUAGACACCAUUCAGCCAUUAAGCCAGGCCAAAUUAACAAAGUGUUAAAACAGCUGAGUGUUCAAACUACUAAGUGUUAAAGCUAACUUAUGUCCCUCCGGCAAACUAUGGGCUGUAGGGUUUCAUUAUUAUUUUUGAACUCUUUUUAAACAAUUGUUUCUACCCUGGCAUCUCCAAAUGGGUUAACACAUCAUGCCACUGGUGUGUUUUUUUUUGCUUGGUCUCAGAUCAGUUUGUGCCAUGUGACAAUUACCAUAGGAAUUGGCAAGACCGCACAAACUGAUCUGGGACCAGGCUGGUGUUUUGAUAUAUAAUACUUCUAUCGCUGUGAGGAAGAAAACAUCAGCAUAGAUAAAACAUUUUUUCUCCUUGUGUCUGGUUGGAUGGUGAUACAUUUAUCAAGUAAACCCAUUUAACGGAAUAUGUUGUUUUUGGAGCGCCUGCUACAUCCCCAAAAUAACGACGAGUCUCAUUCUUCUGUGGCAAAAAAGCAAAGCGGCAAAGCGAGUGUGGUCUUUGGACCGUCUUGUUGCGCUUGUCUCAGAGGAAAAAACGCAAAACUAUGACUUGCCUCUCACAUUCAUUGAAUCCCUUCACCAUAGAAAAAUGACUGAAAGGGAAAGAAAGAAGGAAAGGGAACAAUUCAACUUCAAUAAGCGAGCGAAUGUAUAACAGCCUGUUCCCUUCGCAUAUUUGUUCCCGGAUGCACAGCGUGGGUCUUUGAAUAAGAUGACUCGCAAAAUCUCAGAAGGAAUUGCUUCAAUUUUGGCAGCCAAUUGACUUACUGAGAAACAUUUGUGAGCAUGGCAAUGAAAUGAUGGGUGGGAGGAAGAGGUGGGGGGGGAGGAAGAUGUGCGGGGAGAAAGAGAAAGAGGGAGAAAGCGAGGGGAAAAGGGAGAGAAGAAAGCGAGUUAGCUUUUUACCUCCGUUCUCUUUGAUUAAUUCAAGGACUUCGAAUAAGGAACGUCCUCAAUCAAACGUUGGAGCCCCGGUCAUUACAUAUUCACGAGACGCAGUGCUUACUGCUUACACAUAUGUGCGACAUUAUUGCUUGGUCCCCCCUCCCCUCUGCAGUAUAUGCAUUGUUUCGCUAAACUGGUUUUAAACAUUGCUUUAAUUGGAAAUGUUUACGUGACAACACUCUUCCCAAGGUUGCAUGGGUAAAUGGAACACAAUGUCCGUUCAAAAUAUGAAAUGUGAUGACGUUCUACCAUUGACUGUUGGCCUUGACACUUAAUUCACAUAGAUCCUUUGAAGCUUUUCAUUCAGCGUUUCUCUCUUUUCCCUCUCACAGUCUCAAACAUAGGAUUCCAAUUGUAAUUCCAUGUUUUCCCCAAAAAUGUCUCUCAAUUCCAUGUUUUCCCCUCUUUUUCGCUCGGAUUAAAGUCACAGACAACAGAAUUCCCAUACUCCCAUUCUAAUUCCAUGUUUUUCCCAACUUUUCCCUAAUAGAUCACUGUAACCGACCACGGGGUUCCUGCCAAAUCCACCACGGUCCGUGUCAUCGUCAAAGUCCUGGACGAGAACGACAACCGGCCGCAGUUCCUGGAGAAGAUCUACAAGAUCAAGCUUCCGGAACGCGAAAAACCGGAAAAGGAGCGGGCUCUGAAGCGUGAUCCCGUGUACCGGGUGAUUGCCUCAGACCGCGACGAGGGUGCCAACUCGGAGAUCUCGUAUUCUAUCGAGGAGGGAGAUGAGCACGGGAAGUUCUUCAUCGAGCCAAAGACGGGUCUGGUGUCGUCUAAGAAGUUCUCCUCCGCCGGGGAGUAUGACAUCCUCACCGUGAGUAGCCUAGCGCAUUUGGAUUCGUAGUUUGUAUACUCUGGAUUUUUUGUUAGGAAAUUCCUCUGCAUCUUAUACUGAACAAAAAUAUAAAUGCAACAUGCAACAAUUUCAACGAUUUUACUGAGUUAACAGUUCAUACAAGGAAAUCAGUCAAUUGAAAUACAUUCGUUAGGCCCUAAUCGAUGGAUUUCACAUGACUGGGCAGGGGUGCAGCCAUGGGUGGGCCUGGGAGGGCAUAAACCCACCCACUGGGGAGCCAGGCCCAGCCAAUCAGAAUGAGUUUUUCCUCACAAAAGGGUUUUAUUACAGACAGUUUCAUCAGAUGUCCGGGUGGCUGGUCUCAGAUGAUCCCGCAGGUGAAGAAGCCGGAUGCGGAGGUCCUGGGCUGGCAUGGUUAUACAUGGUCUUCAGUUGUGAGGCCGGUUGGACGUACUGCUAAAUUCUCUAAAAUGAAGUUGGAGGCGGCUUAUGGUAGAGAAAUGAACAUUAAAUUCUCUGGCCACAGCUCUGGUAGACAUUUCUGCAGGCAGCAUGCAAAUUGCACGCUCCCUCAAAAUGUAGACAUCUGUGGCAUUGUGUUAUGUGACAAACUGCACAUUUUAGAGUGGCCUUUUAUUGUACCCAGCACAAGGUGCACCUGUGUAAUGGUCAUGCUGUUUAAUCAGCUUCUUGAUAUGCCACACCUAUAAGGUGGAUGGAUUAUCUUGACAAAGGAGAAAUGCACACUAACAAGGAUGUAAACAAAUUUGUGCACAACAUUUGAGAGAAAUAAGCUUUUUGUGCGUAUGGAACAUUUCUGGGAUCUUUUAUUUCAGCUCAUGAAACAUGGGACCAACACUUUACAUGUUACAUUUAUAUUUUUGUUCAGUAUAGUUAGGGAGAAGUCACUUAGGUUUAGGAUUUUCUUUUGCUUUUAGAGGAAUGUCAAUGUACAUGCUGAGUUAUAUGACAUCUUAAACUAGAGUCAGUGUUUUAGAGAAUUACUGGACAAAUCGGACCUGUGGCUUUGAUUUAUUCGCAGUAAUUUACUUUUACAUUUCCAAUGUACAUGCCAAAUUGCAUUUGUUGAUACACUUUUGAGGUUUAGGAUAGUCACAGUACUUUUAUAUAAUAGUACAUUUGGGCUAAUGUUGCCUGUGAUAGAUUUAUCUCACUUGAAGGAAUUAGACACAUAACACAAUAAGCUCCCCGGACACCUGUUUAACGGGGGACGCCAUGGUAACAGGUGUUCCGAUCUGUUGUUGUUUUUCCCAUGUGGGCUAGCUGACCGUUCUUUGACCCCUUGGCCUAUCUGUCUCUGUCUCUCACUCUAUUUCUCUCUCUCGCUUGCUCUCUCUCUCUCGCUCUGUUUCCUCUCUCCCCCCUCUCUCUCCCUGUGUUUUAAUUAAAGUACUUUCAUUAAAGCUUUUAAGUGCUAUCCCCUGGGAGACCAAUGCGUCUUGUUGUAUAAUGUUGUUACCCAAAUCAAUUCAAAUUAAUUAAUUCCCUCUCUCUAUCAGAUCAAAGCGGUGGACAACGGACGCCCCCAGAAGUCGUCCACCUGCCGGCUGCACAUCGAGUGGAUCCCCAAGCCGGAGGUGGCGGCCGGCGCGCCCCCCUUGGCCUUUGAGGAGCCCCCCUUCUUCUUCUCAGUGAUGGAGAGCGACCCCGUGGCGCACAUGGUGGGGGUCAUCACCACGGAGAUGUCGGACACGCCCGUCUGGUUCGAGAUCACAGGUGAAGCCUGGACGAGUGGAUGCAGGAUUUUGUUUUAGGUUGUGUGUGGGUGGGUCUGUGCAUACACGCAUGCGUGUAUACAGUUGAAGUCGAAGGUUUACAAAAACUUGUUUUUCAACCACUCCACACGUUUCUUGUUAACAAACUAUAGUUUUGGCAAGUCGGUUAGGACAUCUACUUUGUGCAUGACACAAGUAAUUUUUCCAACAAUUGUUUACAGAUAGAUUAUUUCACGGAUAAUUCACUGUAUCACAAUUCCAGUGGGUCAGAAGUUUCCAUACACUAAGUUCACUGUGCCUUUAAACAGCUUGGAAAAUUCCAGAAAAUGAUGUUAUGGCUUUAGAAGCUUCUGAUAGGCUAAUUGACAUCAUUUGAGUCAAUUGGAGGUGUACCUGUGGAUGUAUUUCAAGGCCUACCUUCAAACUCAGUGCCUCUUUGCUUGACAUCAUGGGAAAAUCAAAAGGAAUCAGCCAAGACCUCAGAAUUUUUUUUUGUAGACCUCCACAAGUCUGGUUCAUCCUUGGGAGCAAUUUCCAAACAUCUGAAGGUACCACAUUCAUCUGUACAAACAAUAGUACGCAAGUAUAAACACCAUGGGACCACGCAGCCGCCAUACCGCUCAGGAAGGAGACGCGUUCUGUCUCCUAGAGAUGAACGUACUUUGGUGCGAAAAGUGCAAAUCAAUCCCAGAACAACAGCAAAGGACCUUGUGAAGAUGCUGGAGGAAACAGGUACAAAAGUAUCUAUAUCCACAGUAAAACGAGUCCUAUAUCGACAUAACCUGAAAGGCCGCUCGCAAGGAAGAAGCCACUGCUCCAAAACCAUAAAAAAGCCAGACUACGGUUUGCAACUGCACAUGGGGACAAAGAUCGUACUUUUUGGAGAAAUGUACUCUGGUCUGAUGAAACAAAAAUAUAACUGUUUGGCCAUAAUGACCAUCGUUAUGUUUGGAGGAAAAAGGGGGCUCUUGCAAGCCGAAGAACACCAUCCCAACCGUGAAGCAAGGGGGUGGCAGCAUCAUGCUGUGGGGGUGCUUUGCUGCAGGAGGGACUGGUGCACUUCACAAAAUAGAUGGCAUCACGAGGAAGGAAAAUUAUGUGGAUAUAUUGAAGCAACAUCUCAAGACAUCAGUCAGGAAGUUAAAGCUUGGUCGCAAACGGGUCUUUCAAAUGGACAAUGACCCCAAGCAUACUUCCAAAGUUGUGGCAAAAUGGCUUAAGGACAACAAAGUCAAGGAAUUGGAGUGGCCAUCACAAAGCCCUGACCUCAAUCCUAUAGAACAUUUGUGGGCAGAACUGAAAAAGCGUGUGUGAGCAAGGAGGCCUACAAACCUGAGUCAGUUACACCAGCUCUGUCAGGAGGAAUGGGCCAACAUUCACCCAACUUAUUGUGGGAAGCUUGUGGAAGGCUACCCAAAACGUUUGACCCAAGUUAAACAAUUUAAAGGCAAUGCUACCAAAUACAAAUUGAGUGUAUGUAAACUUCUGACCCACUGGGAAUGUGAUGAAAGAAAUAAAAGCUGAAAUAAAUCAUUCUCUCUACUAUUAUUCUGAAAUUUCACAUUCUUAAAAUAAAGUGGUGAUCCUAACUGACCUAAGACAGGGAAUUUUUACUAGGAUUAAAUGUCAGGAAUUGUGGAAAAACUGAGUUUAAAUGUAUUUGGCUAAGGUGUAUAUAAACUUCCGACUUCAACUGUAUGUGUGUUAGUUGAAUGCAUUCUAGAAGGAGAUUAAUCUAGUUUUAUAGUCAAGGGAAGACAUCCCUGGCAUAGAUUGUUGUAGCAUUCUUCUUAGCACUAACCCUAGCAAGCGAAUGUGAGCGUGUAGCCUACAAACCCCAAAACCUACAAACCUAUAUACAUCGUUUUUUCUCCUUGCUCACUGUAAUAAUUGAAUCUCUAAUAGUGACUUCUUUGCAUGGUGACUGUUAACAUCUUUACUGCAUAAACUUCCUGACAUUUCCUGAAAAUACUUCUCCCUUUUCCCCCUCCCUUCUUCUAACCAACGUUUGACUGACACCUCUCUCUUUUUCUGUGUUUUCUGCUUCUCUGCUGCUCUUCUCUUCCUUUUUUCCUUUGGGAAUGUCUCUCUCUUUUAUUGGAUUUGGUUUGUCCAGAAGGAGACAUAGAGGAAGUGUUUUACAUCGUUCAGAUGGCUUGCGACCUCAACUGUACAGCAGAAGGUAGAUCUGCUGUAAUGGGAUCUCUCUACUGUCGUUGGCUGUAUUAAGUGAUCUCUCUAAUACCAUUGGUUGUGUUAAGAGAUCGCUGACUGUGAUGUCCGUCAUGCAGACCUGGGUUUAAAUACUAUUUGAAAUGAUUUAAAAUACUUUAGCUGAGCUUGCCUGGCUUAAUAGACCAAUAGGAUAGUCCCCAAAGUGCAAACCCCGCCCAUCUGACACUCCAGGCAGGCUAGAGCAAACGCUCAAAGUAUUUAAAUAGUGUUUGAACCCAGUUGUGCUGUCACGUGCCUGUGGUUGAGCUUGUGCAGUAUUUCCGUCAUUCUUGUGAUCGUGUGACAACAGAUUUACAUAAACACGUAUACCGCACAUAAACAUGAACAUAUGGCUCCAUUUUGUAUAUGUACCGUAUGCAUUUCAUUCAUCGUGUCUAGUGGAAUCCAUUGACACAUACAACUAACUGUAUGGGCUUGAUGCAUACACAUCAUACCACUUGCACAUAUGGGUCCAUAAUGAGCCUGGGAAGUGAACAUAAGCACAGGGAAAUGUAUUGACGUUGUUGAUUCAUAGUGCAGUACACAUGUGCUUCUGUAUGUAUCAACAAUAAGGAUACUGUUGCUUAGUUUAUUGAUAUAAGGAACAGUAUGGAUAAUAUACAGAAAUUAUUAUUAUACAUAGUUUACAUACGCCAGCAAUUUAUGUAUCAGUGCCUCUAGCAUAACGGCACAGCCAAACAGAACCGUAUGUCACUGUUAGCUUACCUAGCUCCAGUACUGCAUCAUCAUUUAAACAGGUGAUGAUAGGCCCACUCAUUUCCUGUCCAUUUUAAUUGUGCACCUGCCUAACCCUUCCCUCCAUCGUUUCCACCAGGUGGGAACUACGACAGCCGCUUUGACGUGGGCAAGGCCAGUGGGACCCUGAUCGUGGCGAGGCCUCUCGACGCCGAGCAAAAAUCCAAUUACAACCUGACAGUGGAGGCAACGGACGGCACGCGAUUUGUCAGCACCCAGGUAAUUGGAACGUUAAUGAAACGUUUGUUGAUGGCGGUAUAGUUUGUCAUGGAUCCUGAGGUAGGAUGGUUGACUUUUGUGAUGGGAAAGGGAAAGAUUAUGGAAGCAUUUAUGGGAAUGAAAUGUUCAGUUUGCAUGAGAAGGAGAGUUCCUGUUGCGUGUCCAGAGGUUUUGGUGGUUUUGGCUGUACAGAUCAUUGUGAGGCUUGUCACUACAGACAAAAAUAGGAUUUAUAUUUGUGUUUUCAGAGGAAAGGAUUAUGGAAACAUUUCUGAAAUGAAAUGGUAGAGAUAUGGUUGCAUGAGGGUUCCCAUUGCAUGCCGUAGUUUUGGAUGCUUGUGUUUUCAUUUCUUUAUUCUCACUUAAAUGGUGCAUAGUGCCAUUUCUCACAAAAUACAAAAAGGUGAUUGACUUUUGUGAUUAGAAGAAAAGGAACAGAUUAUGGAAACAUAAACAUGGUUUGCAUGAGGAGUCUUCAUUCUGGGACCAUCCGUUUGAAUGCUUUUUGUUGUGAUUUCUGCACUCUUGCCAAAUUAAAAUUGUGACUCAGCUUGUCUGACAGCCAGACAGACAGACAGACGAGGGGUAAAGCAAGGGGGUGGAUCUAGAGUGAGGUCAGAAAUUCUGUGUGCCCAUCCAUCGCCUGUUUUGAUUAGACUCGCUUGUGGGUCAACACCUCAACUGGCAUACUCCAGGCGCUCGCUUUUCCAAACUUGACCCCUAACGUCAUAACAUGUGCUUGGCGGACAUUCCUUCUUCUCUCUAUCCACAUCUACCGGCGGCAGACGAGGGCCGCGUCCCAAAUGGCACCCUAUUCACUGUAUAGUGCACUUUAUAGGGAAUGAGGUGCCAUUUGGGACACAGGCAAGGAGUGUUCGGAACGCUUUCUUGGCAGACCAGCUCCAGGAUUCUUCCAUUGUCUCAUUCCUGAAGGGCCGAGGAGCAAGGGAGGAAGAAGGAGAGGAGGGCGGGAGGAAUGGUGCCUGUCUAGCCAGGCGCUUUUUGAAGUGUGCAUUCCACAGCCCCGUGUCUGCAGCUACACCCCUCCUUCCCCCUCUUUUUCUUCUCCUUUUCUUGUUUUCUCACCUCACUCCUUUCUUUUUUUCUCUCUCUCUCUCUCUCUCGCUCUCUCUCUCCCCCUCUCUCCCCCUCUCUCUCUCUCUCUCUCUCUCUCUCUCUCUCAAUUCAAUUUCAAUUUAAGGUCUUUAUUGGCAUGGGAAACGUGUGUUAACAUUGCCAAAGCAAGCUCUCUCUCUCUCUCUCUCUCUCUCUCUCUCUCUCUCUCUCUCUCUCUCUCUCUCUCUCUCUCUCUCUCUCUUUCGACAUGAAAGUGCAUUGAGUUCUCCUGAAAAGACUGGGGCUAAAGAAAAGUGCAGGUCCACACCACAUUCUUUAAUCCAGAGAUUAACAUUCUCUUGAGGUUAUAGGCAUACAGAGCUGUAAGUGUUUUAUGAAAAUCCGCAACUAGUCACCUCCCACUCAUUGCAGGUUCAUAAUGAUAUUGCUAUUAUGUGAUAUGUUAAUAGUGAAAUUGUUAACUUAUUGGCCUCUCCGUUCCCCAUCCAUAGUGCAGACGGGGUUCAAAUAAUAUUUGUUUACUUUCAAAGUGUUUCAUUGUGCCUGCCUAGUGACAGGUUUGCACUUUUGGGACUAUCCCAUUGGUUCCAUUGCGCCAGGCAAGCUCAAUGAAAGUAUUUCAAAGAAAACAAACACUUUCAACCCAGGUACCACCUAGCCAUAGUCACAGUCUAAGGCCGACGGGACUCUGGAAAUAUUCCAAUGGUUUUGUGCGUCUUCUCAAAAGCAUUCAGAGAUCCUUUGUGGGGAAAAAAACUCUACUUGCUGUCUCUGCCUGUGAAUAAAGCCCUUUAUCAUGCGGCCCUGUGCUUCGCCGAGCCCCUCUCAGCCUGCUGGGUUCGGGCGGCGAGGCGGGUGGCGGUGUUUUCCACAGCCCGCCGACGGAAGCGUCGGCUAAAUGGAGUCUUCAGAUCCGUCACAGAGCACCCUAUUGUCAUGUGGAGAUUGAGAAACACACACAGGCAAAUGCGCACACGCACACAUGAUACAAAUACAUACAUGCUUGCAUAUGCACACACACACACUCCUCAUGAUCUUCGAGGAAAAACAGUCAUUCACCAAACCAAAACCCUCCUCUGUUCUCCUCUAUCCCAAUCCAUACAGUGACUUAUUAGUCAGAUAUAGUCAAGUUCAGAAGACAUGUCCGUCUUGCCAGAAAACGAGGAAAUAUCGGGUAUCGCUGAUUCCCUGAUCAGUUCUUUCCUCGGAUAGAGAGGGCGUACAUCUCAAAUGGCACCCUAUUCCCUAUAUAGUGCAUAGUCCAUAGGGCUCUGGUCAAAAGUAGUGUAUUUUAUAGGAAGUAGGGUGCCAUUUGGGACGCGGUCAUGUUUUGACCAGUGGGACGGCGGUACAAAGGGGGGAAAUGACAUAACACAAUUAGUCACGGUGCUGACAGUGUUCAAAGGCUCGGGGGCGCCCCGUUUUUCAAGUCGCCCCUCGUUACCGUGAGGGGUGUGUGAAGGCCUUUGUGGAGCCGAACCCUCUUAGUUAGACAUCAGAGAAAAUCAGACGCAGGCCGCUGGUGAGCACACAUACAGGGAAUAUGGGUCAUGUUGGGGGGGUGGUGUUCUGCCCGAUUUUAGGGGUGUCUGUGUGUGGUGUGUUUGUGAGAAAGAGAGUGUGUGUGUGUUCGUGCGUGUGUGUGCACAUAUACUUUCUGUGUGUGUGUUUCUGCACAUUCUCAACAGAUGAUGAAUCCGGCCAAUUGGACAUGCACGUUUUCCGUAGUUUUCCCAACUUUUCACUCUCCGCUGCUCUUAUUAGUAGCAAAAACGAAGUAUGUAUGCCCGUCAACACUUUUGCCGUUGUAGUCACACACAACAGGCAGGUAGCGAGAGAGGAGUGAAUCUAGGCCACACUGGACCAACUGAGAAGAAAUGUGUCAGUUGAACUAUUAAUUUUUCUCCGCCAAGCUCUUUUGAUUUAAAUUAUGUAAGAUAAUCAGUGUUACUGUUUUGUUAAAUCUUUAGAAGGGAUUUUAAAAUACUUUAAUAUAUUGUCUCCCUGGAUUUGUCUGCUUUAUAAAGCUCAAUACUCUGUUUCAGUUUUUUAAGGUUUGGAGAUGUGUCAAUGGAGAUUACAGAGUAAUUGACUUUGUGGAUAACACCCAAAUAAGACCUACUUUUGUGAAGUUACAUGUAAACAGAACAUGCAAAACAACAGAUUAAAAAUACAACGGGAUGUUUUGGGUACAUUGUUUUCUGUGACAGAGGUGUGCUGUUUACCCUGUGGCCAGGAGUAUGCCGUUCGUUUAAUUGAAACGGAACACACACACACACACACACACAGAAAGUUUAACUUAUCUUCUCCUUCAAAUCAAACCCAUGUGGUGUCUGCCUCUGCCAGACUAGCUGGCCUAUUUCCUUUCAUUUUUUCUCUCUCCUCCCUUCUUCCUCUCUCCAAGGAAUGCGUUUGUUUGUUUUCUUGUUUUCUCCCUCUUUCUUUCUGUUUCUAUCAGUCUUUCUCGCUCUGUUUCUAUCAAUCUAUCCAUCUCUCUCUCUUUCCCACUUUCAAUUCCUCUCCCUCUCUAUUCCCUUCCAAAUUCAAGGUUCUCCCUCCCUCCCUCUCGGUCCCUCCAUGCACAGAUCAUUGUUGUUAUUUAUUGUGUUGAGGGAGAAUAAAGCCUAAACAAGAAUCACUGGACCUCUGUUGGCCGUGUUCUGUUUGAACCCUAUUUCGAGAAGUAUGUAGCUACAGGUUGGACCGUGCCAAUGUCCCGGACCCAAAAACCUGCCACCUGGCAGGGGGGCAUUAUUGCCUGCCUUACCCGGACGUGGCGCCCGCUGAGGGCGGUGCCGUUCUUCUGCCUCACGUGUACCAUGUUGGAGGCCGCGCACGGGUCUGCGUUGGAGGUCUGUGUGGGGGAGGCGUGAACUCUCUCUUUCUCUCUCUCUCUCUCUCUCUCUCUCUCUCGCUCUCUUUUCUUUCUUCUCUGGCACCAUAUUCCCUUUCUGUCCCUCUCGGAAGUUGCUGGCUGGCUCUCGCUCGCGGUGUUGUUUGUGUUGUGGUUGGACCUAGGCUAAAUGCCUGUUCCAGCUACCUAGCUGACCUGUUCCUAGCUCUCUGACUGGCUAAGUGACACCAUAGUGAAGUAGAGUGUUUCUGUGUGGUGUUCUGUUAUGUGGGAGUUUGUCUGUCUUUCUGUCCGUCUUUCUUGUCUGUCUGUCUGUCUGUCUGUCUGUCUGUCUGUCUAUACCUACCUACCAAACUAUCUGCCUGUCUCUCUGUUUGUCUGCCUCUGGCUCCAAAGCGGCGUCUCUCUCUCUCUCUCUGUGUGUGAGGUCAGCUGAUCCGAAGCAGGGGCAGAGCAACAUUCCAUCCUGGGCAGCUCAUAGGCAUGGAGCGGUGCCAGCCAGGCAGUCCAGGCAGGCUGCCCCCUUUCAUUCCUUUCCCCUGCCUCCUUGCCAGCCCCCCAUGCCAUCCUCCUGACCUGCAGUAGUGCUUCAGGCUGUUCUGUCCACAAUCUGCUUCAGCUCCCAUUGAUCUGUUUUCUUUUUCCAUCUCUCUCUCUCUUUCACUCUCCAUAUUUCUCUUGCAUGCUCUUUCUGUCUGUCUCAUUCCUCUCUUUCUCUCUCACUGUUGCUGUCUCUCUUUUUCACGCAGAUGCUGUCAGUUCUCACCUCCUCUAUCUUACUCUGUUUUAGUUCUCUUGGAGCUACACGUUCCCCUCUUUCUUCAUAUUUGAUUAUGUAUUUAUCAUUUUUCUCAUUCUUUCUCUCCCUCACUGUCUGUCUCUCUCUCUCUCUUUCUUUCUCUUUUCUUUCUAUCUCUCCCUCUCUUUUGCUGUUACUCACCGUGAUUCGGGCUCUCCUCUCAGCCGCUUUCUCCCUUUCAAUAGCUCUCUCUCCCUUUCUAUAUCUUUCUCUUCAUCUGUCAUAUGACUCCGUUCGCCGUCUCAGUCCCAAUCUCGUUGCUUUGACGCGAGUCCCUCGGGAAGGUAUCGAGAGAGAGAGAGAGAGAGAGAGAAACCUUUUCCGUCUUUUCAAGCUCCGGUCACACUACAUCAUGCAGAUUCGGUGGUAAUGCCCCUUUUGAAGUGUCUUGAAGAGACUAUAUGCUUUCCUCCCAGAAUGGGCUGUUUAAAAAAAAUAGACAGAUGGAUGGAUGAUAGUUUUUUUUCACUGUCUGUUUUUUUUCCCCUUUCUUUCUUCCUGGCAGUAUGUAGACUCACAUGGUGAAUGGUUGGGUGGAUAGGAGCGGACACUCUGUGUUUUCUUUUCUUAUGCUUACUGUGUUAUCAGGCCCAGCUGCUUGUGAAUGGCCCUCCUUCUGCGACCGUCCAGAUUUGAACGCAUCGUGUAAAGGGCUCAACUCGCGGCGGUGGGGUGAGGGUGUUUGUUGUGUGCGUGCAAACUGGAUCGCAGAGUCCCCAGGGACCUUAGGCAGUGUGACGUCUGGCGUGACAUGAAACCAGGCGCCUGGACUAGAGAGAGAGACUGAUGGGCUGCCAAGAGGGUCCUAUCCAUAAUACCACACACACCCCACUGGGGACCCCUUUAGGGUCAUACUGAGUACAGUAUCAAGAAGGAUCUAGGCCGGGCCAUGCACAGACCUUUAGGGGGGGCAGGUGCAAAUAAAAAAUAACGUUCAUAACUCAAAUUUCAUAACAUACCAACUGUCUCUCUAGCCAAAAUGUCAACAUUUAUUGGCCUAUUUAUUUUCUAAAACAACAGCCAUCAUCACACAUUGUAAGCAAGCUAAUGCCAGACGACGAGAGAUGAUUGACAUCGGGAAAAGAGUGUCUAUCAGCUGAUCAGAGCAAAUGCUGAUGUAAAUAUGCUAGCUAGCUAGCUAGUUAGCUAUGCUGUUGAAACCAACUUGUUUUUACUUGAUUUGAGUUUGUUCUGCUGCUGACUUCUGCCUCUUAAUAACAACCAAUCGAAUUGCCCCGUUCUUUGUCCCUAACAGUGAGAGACACACAUGACAGAUCCAACUCUUAAAGUAACCUCCUACCAUUAUUCAAGUCUCCCUGUCCGGCACCAGCGGCCACUACAUGCAAGUCAGACGAGUGCGCUCUUGGGGCAGGGCAGUGGGGGACAUUUCAGAGAAUUCAAGAGCUUAUGAAAUUUGCUCGUUUUAUGAGAAAUGAGUUACAUUUUAAAUAAAAAAAUGAAAAGACAAUCUAAAUUACACUGAGCUGCGAGGGCACUUUUUCAUAGGAGGGCAAAAGGGCAGGUGCUCGGGCACUGGUUGAGCACUAUCUGUGGACUUGCCUGCAUCUAGAUAACGUCUAGUUCCUUACAAAACUGUAUGAGAGAGAAAGUAAGAGGGCUAGAUUACAGAUACAACUGUAUAGUUGCAAUAAACAGUACACAACCGUAUACAAUUCAACUUGGACUGAGAAUAAUAUCCAUCAGAAGCUAACUUUCAUUCAAUCCACUAGCAGACUGAUACAACUCUUGACUGUUAGCAUCACGCUAACAUUUGAAACUGCCAGCACUGAAGCUAAAGCACUGCCUAACUAGUAAAUAACCUAGCCAAUAGCUGUACUCCCCACUGCUUGACAUGGGCAUCUGUGAACCCAGCCAGCCCUGCCAACCUCACAGCACACGACAGAUUGUGAAUGUUAUCGCACCCGUCAGAUUAGGCUAUAUUUGUCUCCUGCACUCUGCUGGCAGUGCUUUCCAUGCUCUCAUGGCUGUCGAGGCACCAACGGCGUAGUAGAGCAGAGGUUCAGGCAGUGAGAGAGUUGCCUAUUUCUGUCCUCUUGAGUAUGAUUCGUACUAUAGGCCUGAACCCAGACAAUGCUCGUCCUAAUAUUUAUUUUAGAUGUGUGUGUAUUGUUAGAUAUUACUGCACUGUUGGAGCAAGGAACACAAGCAUAUCACUACACCCGCAAUAACAUCUGCUAAAUAUGUGUAUGCGACCAAUAACAUUUGAUUUGAUUUGAACCGUACCGUGCUGGCUCAAAUAGUUCCAGCAACUAUGGUGGAUGUGCAACCAGCCCAGCCCAGUAUAGCUCAGCUCUGCUUGGCUCAGUUUGACCCUAUAUAUUGGGAAUCAGGAUAUGAGUUCCAGCUGAAUGUGUUAUUCCCAUGUGGGGCAUUGCCCCCUGGUGGCUGGCAUCCAGGUGUCUAAUCUGUGUUUUCCUUUGUUCCGCCGUGGAAAAGCCCCGCCGGGGCGGCUACCGCCACAGCCAUUCCAUCGGCUCGCCCUAAUCCCUUGUCGGAAGUCCAGUAGACGAGUGGCUCAUGUUGAUAAAACAAGCCUUGCUGGAAUUUUACAGUUUAGGGACCAGGGAUUUGAUGCAUUGUAUGAAAUGGGGGGAAUAUUCCACAUUGCCAACUGUGGUAUUGUGGCAAAAGAUCUGUCUUUGUGUGGAAAAUAUAUUUAGCAAUAUAUGUAUUUGUUGCAAUAUAUGUUUAGAGUAUGAUGCUGUGUUAUGGAAAUACACAAUGGCACUUUUAUCAGAGAUCGUGUGCAUAAAUAUAUUUGUCAAUGUAUUUUACAUUCCUAUUAAAGUGUACCUCAAUGUAUUAGCAGAUGUUUUCUUUUCAUAAUCAAUCUUCAUCCUUGAACUAUGAAACCCACAUUGUCAGUGUGAUACAUAGAACCAUUUGAAUCUACAAUAUAUUUCUAAAUUAAUUUCACGUUUCUCAACUGACGGCUUACUUUGAUGUCAUUUAUCAAGCGAUCACCUGUAACUUUAUCACCACCUCUUUAACACUCCCUCAAUGCUCCCUCAAUGUGUCUUCACCUGAAUGCAUUAGGGUUAUCCCACAUUGAUUUGUUGUUUUCCUUGUUGGCGGUGCCAAGUGGCAUCCGGGGAAAAUAUGUAUAUUUAGCAGUUAUAUGUAUUGAUCUGAUCUGUAUCUACACAACACUGCUCAUUACUUGAAAUAUGGAUGUAAAGGGAUGUAGGGAGGGGAAGAGGGAGUCAGGAAGGGAGAAAGAGGGAGGGAGAGAGAGGAUGAAAAGAGCACUCUCAGGAGAGAGAGAGAGAGUGAGUGAAGAGUGGAGACAGAGAACCAAUGACUGAGAGACAAUAUCAUGCAUUACUCUCAGAUUGACCCGGACUCAAAUAUUCACCACGCUGACAUCCACCAUCCCUCUCCCCUCCUCCCACCAGGUGCUGAUCCGUGUCAUCGACACCAACAACCACCGGCCCCGGUUCUCCCAGUCGCGCUAUGAGGUGGUUGUGGCCGAGGAUACGCCGCCAGAGACCGAGGUGCUCCGAAUCGGCGCCACGGACGAAGACGAGAAGAACAAGUUGACCUUUACCCUCUUGAGCAGCACCGACCCCUUCAGCCUGAAGAAGUUCCGUCUGGACCCGGGCACCGGCGCCCUCUACACGGCAGAGCGGCUUGACCAUGAGACCAUGCGGCGCCACACUCUCACCGUCAUGGUACGGAUGUUAUGGAUUUUCUAUAAUCUAGCUAUUUAAUGUUUGUUAUUAUUAUGGUGUCUGAGCUGAGUGUGCUGGAAAACCUUGCUAGAGCAUUGGUCAAAGUAGGUCAAAGUGGUGUGGUACUCUGACAAUUAACACCCUGCACAAACCCACUCAGCCCAGCCAAUCGGAACACGUUGUUAUAUCAUCAUUUUUACCAUAGAAACAGAACAGGUGUUCUAUUAGCAUAUUAAGAAAGGUCUGAUUCUGAGCCACUUUCUCCAUUGAGAGAGUAACAGAGGUUUCAGACCACUCUCUCCUAUUCAGACACUGUAUGCAUUAGUCUCAAUAAGUGGUCUAAUAGCAUAUUGAGACAGGUUUAAUUCUGUGCUCUCUCCAUUGAGAGAGUUCUAGCAUUUUAAGAACACUCCCCUAUUCAGCCACUGUGUGUGUGUCUCUCAAUCAGCCACUCUCCAAUUUCAACAGAUGGGCAGUUUGCCUGUAUUGAUUAAUUGUUUGUUUGUUUGCUGGUAUUUGCCAUUUGGAACUAACCAUGCAGCGCCCAUCCAAAGUGAUUCCUCCCCACAUUCAUUGUUUACUUGUUUGGUUCACUGGGAAUUGUCUCCCUGCAAAUUAAGAAAAAUCAUUUUUUUUAAAUGAUUUGAUGAGUUUGUCGUUUUAAUUAAGUUACUGUUGGGGGAAAGAAGAGUUGGCUUCAGAUUGUAUUACAACUCAUUCAUUCUCUCUUUCUCUGUCUCCCCCCUCUCUGUCCUACUCCUUUCUCUGCAUCUCUCUCUUUCUCUCUCUCUUUCUGUCCCUCUUUCCCCCAAUCCCCAGGUACGUGACCAGGACAUCCCUGUCAAGAGGAACCUGGUGCGCGUCAUCGUGGACGUGGAGGACACCAACGACAACGCACCGUGGUUCGUGGGCUCGCCCUACUCCGGGCGCGUCUUCGAGUCGGCCGCCUUGGGCUCGGCAGUCCUCCAGGUCACCGCCCUGGACAAAGACAAGGGACAGAAUGCAGAGGUCAUCUACAGCAUCGAGUCAGGUAGGCUAACAGCUCCACAGAUGCACUAGACUACAUUCUUAGGAGUAGGGCGAAGUUGCCCCUGGAUGCUGAUCUUGGGUCAGUUUUGCAUUUUCCACACUAAUGGUUAAGGUUAGAAUUUGAGGAGGGGAGGCUGAUCCUAGAUCUGUACCUAGGGGAAAUUUCACCCCGGAGCCACAUUCUUAACAUGUCAGCCAUACUGGCAUUCUCUAGCAUCUGGCUAGUCAUGAUAGAGGCAUGCAUAGCAGCAUAGCAGCCCAGUUAGCCCUACCAACGCAAGGGGCUUGGGGAAAAUGCAGGGCAUCCAGAGGACCCCUGCCCACUGACCAUCGGUCAUGAAUGGAAUACUUCACACAAAGUAGGAGGACUUUGACGACUUUGUCAGAGGAUCUCCAAACGUGGGAGUUCGGCCGAUGCCCCCUCUGAAUUUCCCACCAUUGUUUUCCCUGUAAAUAAGCUGUGUUUUGGGAGAGAGUCCGGCAUGUAGACAUUGGCUGGGUUCUUUGUUUAGGAUGUACAUUUUUCAGAUAGUUGAGAUGACUCAAGUUAAUGGAAAUGUAUCUUGCCGGAGAAUGAAUCAGGUUUUCAAAGCAUGAGGUGGACUGGUGUAGAACACAGAGUGUCCAUGUCCAUAGGUUGUGGAUUAGUUUGAGUGUGGGAGGGGAAAAAAGCAUUUAAUUUCAUUAGAGUAACUGGAAAGUGUGCACAAUUAGGCAAUCUUCACGAAUGCUUAUCGAGAGCCAUGGCCAUUUGGGGGGUGAGGGAAUGAAAGUGGUCAUGUCUAGAUGGGAUACAGCUUUUGUCAAAUUGACAUCAAAAGCAGAUACAUUUUUUUGCAUUUUAGCUGACCUUAACCCCUUUCCUAACCUUAACCUAAUUCUCCUAACCUGGUACGUUAAUUCUCCUAACCUGCUGUUUAAGUUCUCCUAAACCUACUAUGAAAAGUCAAUUUAGAAAAAAGCUGUAUCCGUACUAGACAGAACCAGGGAAGGGGGGCCUGAAGUAUGCUAAUCAGAGUGGUUCAUCUUGACUUUGCUGUAAUGUCCACACAGUUUUAAGCUAUAACAGUCUAAGCCCUGUCUAAGCCGGAGGGUGGGGGCGGUUCUACUAAGCUAUAGAAUUGUUUUAAGAAGGUCAUACCAAGGACCAUUUUGGUAUUUCAUUUUGAAUGUUAAGAACAAAAAAAUACGGCCUUACUGCAAAAGCAUUGAAUAGCAGAUUCACUACAUGGAACAACAGAUAGUCCCCCCCCCCAAAAAAAAAAUAAUUGAAGGGAAGUUUGUUCUAAAGUGUCUGUCCUAUAUCUGAAAGAUAUAAGAAAGAUGAGGAAACGAUUAUUCUAAAAAAGAUUUUUUAACGUAUUUAAAUCCUUAUUUUUGGCACUCAACAUUCUCCAUAUAUACUUCCCAUGAAUUUGUUCAACUGCUACCGGGGACAUUCAGACGAGGCCUGUGGGCAUCCUAGAACAAAACAUGAUGUUUGUAAUAGUCUCACCUUUCUACAGAGGGGUCAUAAUACUUUUAUAGGCCAAACCGUUUGGAGGCUACAGACGAUUUUGUGAGAAGACCUAUUUUCGGGAUGUCUCAUGGUCUGACAAACACCGCUCUAGCUCUGUCACCUUCACCGCAGACGCGGAAUUGCAACAUCGGCCGAUGCAGUGGAUUGAGACGCAUCCAAUGCAAAACAGAUAGCUUAAACUGACAGAUUUGUAUGGGGAUUUUUUAUUAUUCUCAUUAGAUUUCCUUGAGGGCACGGACUUCAACUCUAGUUAAUUCAAUUUACGGUAAUCAAGAAGCCUAAAAUUACACCCUGGCUUUAAUGUUUAAUGAAUAAAAAUCAAUGCCAUAGCAAACCACAUUAAUACAUCUUCUUGUGUUCUUUUUUUUUUUAACAGGAAACGUUGCAAACUCAUUUGCCAUUGAUCCGGUGCUGGGCACUGUUACCGUGGCCAAGGAGCUGGACCGAAGCAGCAAGAACCAGUUUGAACUAGCUGUGAAGGCAUCCGAUAAAGGAACGCCCUCGCUGACUGCCACAGCCACCGUCCACAUCGCUGUCACCGUGUCGGACAAUGCCAACCCCCAGAUUCACUGA